UGUCGCAGAAGGAGCACGUCAGACUGCAUAAAGGGAAUACAUGCAUCGGGAGAGACGUCGUAGCUAGAUAUUUCAAACUAUUCAAGACUUGUCGUAGUCGUCUCGAAACUCAAAAUGUACCGCUUGCGGGCGUUGUCGGCGGUAGCAUUGGGGAUGGUGCAGUUGUCACGUCGUUACCAUGGUGAGGCUGUGAGGGGCGGGGCCAGUAAGAGGAGACUGAUGCUAGCAGCUCUGGUGGGCGUGACCGGGGUCUCAGCCAGCGCUGGACUGCUCUGGACCAGAGCCUACGCAGACGCCGGGCCUUCCGUCGAGCACGACGAACAUCCCGAGGUAAAGGAGGCGGGGUUUGUGAAAGAGGCAGAGUCAGAGGCAGAGAGUUCGGUGGAGGCCAGCGACGGAGAGGAGGGCGUGGAGGGAGGAGCGGAUGGAAAGAAGAAGAAACCACGAUCGGGAUUCCGUGACCGCAAGGUGAUGGAGUAUGAGAAUAGGAUUAGAGCCUACUCCACUCCAGACAAGAUCUUCCGUUACUUCGCCACGCUGAAGAUCAUCAGUGAGCACGGAGAUGCAGAGGUCUACAUGACUCCACAGGACUUUGUCCGUUCCAUCACCCCCAAUGAGAAACAGCCAGAGAACCUGGGUCUGGAUCAGUUCCAGGUGAAGCGAUAUGAUGGAAAGGACUUCUGGCAGACGGAGAAGAUUUCCCAGGAGAGGGAGAAGUUUGCGGAUGAGGACAGUAUCUUCUUCACACUGGGAGAGUGUGGUCUCAUCUCCUUCUCUGAUUACAUCUUCCUCACUACCGUGCUCUCUACGCCCCAGAGGAACUUUGAGAUCGCCUUCAAGAUGUUCGACCUGAACGGAGAUGGAGAGGUGGACCUGGAUGAGUUUGAACAGGUCCAGAGUAUCAUCAGGUCUCAGACCAGUAUGGGGAUGCGUCAUCGGGACCGCUCCACUACGGGUAACACCCUGAAGACUGGCGGCUGCAGCUCCGCUCUUACCACAUACUUCUUCGGUGCCGACCUGAAGGGCAAACUGACCAUUGGCCAUUUCCUGGAGUUCCAGAGGAAGCUGCAACACGAUGUCCUUAAACUAGAGUUUAUGCGUAACGACCAGUGGAUGGGUGCAUCAACAGAGAGACAGUUCGGAGGCAUGCUGCUGUCCUACAGCGGAGUCCAGUCACGUAAAACUCAAACAGAUGCAGAAGGGAAUCAAGAGAUGUUCAAAGAUGCUCAGGGCAUUACGUUUGAGGAGGUGGAGAAUUUCUUUAUCCUGAAGAAUGUGAAUGAUGUGGAUACAGCUCUGAGUUUCUACCACAUGGCCGGAGCCUCCAUCGAUAAAGCCACGAUGAAGCAGGUGGCUCGUACAGUGGCUAAAGUGGAGCUGUCUGAUCAUGUGUGUGACGUCGUGUUCGCUCUGUUCGACUGCGAUGGUAAUGGAGAACUGAGUAAUAAGGAGUUUAUAGCCAUAAUGAAGCAGCGUCUGAUGCGAGGUCUAGAGAAACCUAAAGACAUGGGGUUCACCCGGUUGGUACGAGCCAUGGUGAAGUGUGCCCAAGACACCGCAUGGGACUUCGCCAUGCCAAAACAGAAUUAGACACCUGUGUGUGUGUGUCCUGCCCAAGCAGCAUUAAGGAUGGGAGGGAUGUGUGUGUGCUUGGGCAGUGUGUGUAUUCGAGUGACGAAAAGGGUGCUUACUCUGCUCCUCCACACAACUCUAAACGUCGAUGACGUCUUCUGGCUCUCUCUCUGGCUCUCUCUCUCUCUGGCUCUCUCUGGCUCUCUCUGGCUCUCUCUGGCUCUCUCUCUGGCUCUCUCUCUGUCUCUCUGUCUCUC